AUGGUCUGUCUGCCCCCUCCCCCAGGUGUGGUCACCAAGAUGAAGAUGCAGAGGACCACUCUCAUCUGCCGGGACUAUCUCCAUUACAUCUGCAAGUACAACCGGUUUGAGAAGCGCCACAAGAACAUGUUUGUGCAUCUGUCCCCUUGCUUCAGGGAUGUGCAGAUUGGUGACAUCGUGAUAGUGGGCGAGUGCCGGCCCCUGAGCAAGACUGUGCGUUUCAAUGUGCUCAAAGUCACCAAGGCUGCUGGCACCAAGAAGCAGUUCCAGAAGUUCUGAGGCUGAACACUGGCUGACUCCCCAAACAAAAAUAAAACUAUUUUCCCAUUCA